CCGGGAGGCGAUUUCAGUCAGUCGGUUGACUCCUUGUCAUGGAGCGAUGCUUUAGGGACCGUUCUGCUCCUUGCUCCCCGCCUCCUCCAGCAUCUCCUCCUCCACUUCCACCUCCUCACGUUCUCCCCUCUCCUUCACACCCCCCUCCCAUCCUUUCCUCCUCUCCCCCGUCAGCCCUGACUGCUCCACCCCAACAAGGAAGGCUGAGAUCUGCUGCAGCCAUGGUGGACGUCAGUAAGUGGCCGCUGUUCUCUCUGCUGAGCCCUGAGGAACUAGCCACGGUGCAGCAGGCCUGUGUGUUUGGAACCACUGCGAAUGAGGCCAUCUACAUCACACAUAGCAAUGAGGUGUUUGUGUUUGGGUCAAACAGCAGUAGCUGUCUUGGUACGGGAGACAGUCUGAGCACCAUUGUGCCAAAGAAACUGGACUUCCUGCGGGGGAAGAAAGUAGUCAGCCUGAGCUACGGAAGUGGGCCUCAUGUCCUAUUGGCUACAGAGGAUGGACAGGUGUUUGCCUGGGGACACAAUGGCUACAGUCAGCUGGGGAACGGGACCACCAACCAGGGCCUGGCCCCCCUGCUGGUCACCGCCAACCCACAGAACAAGAAAGUGAAAGAAGUGGCAUGUGGCUCGCAUCACUCCAUGGCCCUCACUGUGGAUGGAGAGGUGUUUGCAUGGGGUUAUAACAACUGUGGCCAGAUUGGCUCAGGCUCCACAGCCAACCAGCCCUACCCGAGGAAAGUGACCGGCCUCCUGCAGGGGAAGACUGCAGUCGGCAUCACGUGUGGACAGACCUCCUCCAUGGCUCUGAUCGACUAUGGAGAGGUGUACGGCUGGGGCUACAACGGGAAUGGACAGCUGGGAAUUGGAAACAAUGGAAACCAGCUGACGCCUUGCCGCGUCGCUUCACUACAAGGGCUGUGUAUGCAACAGGUUGUAUCAGGCUACAGCCACUGCCUGGCUCUGACAGAUGAAGGGCUGCUGUACGCCUGGGGAGCAAACACCUACGGGCAACUAGGAACUGGCAACAAGAGCAACCACCUCAGCCCUGUACAAAUCAUGGCCGACAAAGAGAGGAUUGUAGAGGUCGCAGCAUGCCAUUCAACACAUACCUCAGCAGCCAAGACCCAAAGCGGGAAGGUGUAUAUGUGGGGUCAGUGUCGGGGUCAGCCUAUCGUCAUGCCACACCUUACACACUUCACCAGCACUGACGACGUCUUCGCCUGCUUCGCCACACCCUCCGUCAUGUGGAGGCUCAUGUCUAUGGAGCAUGAUGACUUCCUCACUGUUGCGGAGGCUCUGAGGAAAGAGUUUGACAGUCCAGAAACGUCUGAUCUUAAAUUCAGCGUAGACGGAAAAUACAUCCACGUUCACAAAGCUGUGCUGAAGAUCAGGUGUGAGCACUUCCGGUCCAUGUUCCGCUCCCAGUGGACGGAGGAUCAGCAGGAGGUGAUAGAGAUCGGCCAGUUCUCUUACCACGUCUACAGAUCCUUCCUGCAGUUUCUCUACACCGACACUGUUGACCUUCAACCUGAGGACGCCAUUGGCCUGUUGGACCUGGCCACCUCUUACUGUGAGAACCGCCUAAAACGGCUGUGUCAGCAGAUCAUCAAGAGAGGGAUCACUGUGGAAAACGCCUUCACCCUGCUGUCUGCUGCCAUACAAUACGACGCAGAGGACCUGGAGGUGUUUUGUUUCAGGUUUUGUGUGAACCAUCUGACUGAGGUGACUCAGACUCGAGCCUUCUGGCAGGUGGAUGGAGUGAUGCUCAAGGACUUCAUCAGCAGAGCGAGUCGCUGCGGAGCGUUCAAGAACUGAGCGAUACUCUUCGGAUUUAUAAACUCUCUUCUGACCAAGCGGACGUGGUUGUGCAUCGCUGCUCCAGAACCUUCAGGCCGGAUCACAUUCCUGACAAAAAGCUUUUUUUAAAUGUCUAUUUACUAAAGCGCAUGUGGGCACAUCAGCAGCAUCAUUCACAAGAUGGACUGCUGCUUUAUUGGUGGACUUGGCGAAGGCAAUUUGGCCAGUUCCUGUGAAGUUACUCGACAAAGUCUUGUUGCCUUUUUCUGUCAUCGUAUUCUUUAUAUGCUGUAUGUAUACUUGAAUUUGUCUUUUUGUUUUUUUGGCCAGUGCUUAAAUGUUCUAACAUGUCUUAUUUUACUUCUGGAAAAGUUAAAAUGGGGGACCAAGAGCCUGGAAUCUUUGUCAGGGACUUGAAAGAGAUGUUAAGUUAUAACUGACACUAAUGCACAUAUACUAUUGGAGCUGUGUUAACUCCCGGGGAAGCCAGUGGGGGAGACAUUUGGUGAGAGGACACAUGGGAAGGAAUUUGGGGGUUUGGGCAGAAGGGAUGGAGUGAUGUUCAAGGACUUUACCAGCAGAGCGAGUCGCUGUGGAGCCUUCAAGAACGGAGCGCUACUCUUUGGAUUUAUAACCUCUCUUCUGACCAAGUGGACUCUGCAGCAGGAUGCAUCGCUGCUCCAGAACCUUCAGGCUGGAUCACAUUCGUUACAGAAAGCUUUUUUUUUAAAAUGUUGUUUAAAUGUGAAGCUGUGCUGACUCCCUGGGAAGCCAGCGGGGGAAACAUGGGAUGGAAUUUGGGGGUAAGGCAGAACUUGGAGGUGCAUAGGAGGCAAUGCUGGGUUAGGUGGCACAUGAGGGAAAUUAGGUUGCGGGUUCCUGGUGUCAAAGCUCUGGUCCAUGCAUUAGAUGAGGAGCUGAAGCAGGUCUUUAAUGCUCACAUUCUACAAGGCAGAGGACCUGUGGACAAGAGGGGAAAGUGUUUGGACUGACUGGGACAUUUCUCCAUGUUCAGAGCAGGUUCAGGCCUUCUGAGCCUGAACCUCUGUGUCACUCAGUAGUCUGUUACAUGCAUAUUGUGUUUGGGGAGCUUCAUGGGACUGUACAUUUUACUCUGUUCAAUUCUUCCCAUUAAAUCUUUAAACAUAC